GAAAUGAGCGUCAAAGCAAAAGCCCGAAGGGAUUUUGUGUCUUUCAAGCGCUUGCUCGCCAAGUUGCCAAAGGAUCUUGCACAGGCCGAUUAUGAGCACCAUCAAGACAUACACGAGCGAAUAUAUAGCUUGACGCGUGACCUCUCGACUCGGCUCGAUACUAUUGAGAAUGCGGAGGAACAAGUUCCCGGUUUUGGGCUCGCGCUGGUUGACGCCAUCUCUGCUGUCACGCGCUCGGCUUCCAGCGUGGACCUGCUUAGUGCUUUGAUGUUCGCGGCCGCACGUCUCACACCAAGCGACGACAGCAGGCUCCUCGCAGCCGCCCUCGUACGCGGAGACCACUUCGCCGUGCUGGCACGGUACUGCGCCUCAGUUGCCACAGGCGCCGAGCCCGACGGCGAUAACGCCUGUGGCAGCAGCGGAUCCGCUGACUCUGGAGCGGGCGGCAGCGGGGCGGGUCUCAGCGGCACUGGUGCGGGCUGCAGCGCUGGACGCGGUAGCAGCAAUGGGCGGGGUAGCGGCAGCCUGGCUGUCGCGAUCGGCAAGUUGGGGUCCUGCUUUGUAUCAUGCACGUUCGUAUUGACGCACACCGGCAAGGACAUGGAAAUGGACCGCUGGGCGGAGCUGCGUGGCGCACUGCGGCGCAGCAGCUUUCUGGAGCACGCGGCGGCAGCGCUGCUGCGCACCGCGGCAGCAAUCAACUGCAUGCAGCAGCAGGAGCAGCAGCAGCAGCAGCAGCAGCACAAACCGGAGCAGCAGCAGCAGCAACCGGAGCAACCAGCAGGACAAGCGGACUUGUUGUGGCGCCUGCAUGCGGCCGUGUCUGUGAGGUUCAUGCAGUUCGCACUGCUCCUGACAGGCCUGAACGACAUGGACUUUGAUGAGCUAUGCGCCAGCACUCGCCGCUACCGGCCCGAGCAAGUCAUUGAUGUGGACAGCGCCGCAAGGCAGGCCGCUUGCGCAGCGGAGGUGCGGGGGCUCGUGUCGGGGCCCGGUCUGCGGGCGCUGCUGUUCGCGGUCUUGACGUCCGGUCAGCCAAAUGGUGGUGAUGCGGCGGUUGGCGGACCAGCUGCUUCAAUGCGCAUAUGCUGGCCGGAGAAGGCCGUCACCGCAUCAGACCUGACGGUGAAGGAGGCUCAAAGCAUCACGCUGCAGGUGGCGGCUCGCGUCUUCCAAGCCACCGUGUCGGGCAAGCACGGCGCACUACCGGUUGCCCAGCCGCCGCUCGGGUACGUCAACACGGGUUUGCUGGGCUGCUGGCUGGACGAAGGCCAGCAGUCACCGCUGCCGCAGCCGCAGCAGCCGCAGUCACAGAACCUACAGCAAGGGCAGGGUAAAGAAGGAGGUCAGCAGCAGACGUCUGGCGAGCAGCGGGUGCGGACGGCUGAGAUCAACGCAGCGGUGGCAGUCCACUUCGUGGCGGCUGCUCAUGCGACCGCUCGUGUAACCCAACACGGCACGGAUGUGGGCGGCGGCUUUGUCGCCGUCAGCAAGACGCACUGGGCCCGCGCGGCGCCCUCGCUUCGGCUCCUGGUCCGGCUCCUGCCGGAGAUGAGCACGCGACAGGCGGUGGGCCACCUGCCAGGGCUGUGGCGGCGGCUGGUGGCGGCACUGCCACGGCUGCUGGAAGCAGAGGUGAUCGAAAAUGACGCAAUGGGCCUUCUGGCGGACGCAGGGCUGCUGCUGCGCCUGCACUUCGACCGGCGGGGACAGCCUCUGGCGAUGCCGCCGCAGCAGGGGUUGGCUGCAGCGGGCGCCGCAGCGGGCGCCGCAGCAGCUCCGCCGCCUGGCACCGGCCCCGGCUUCAGCCUGCGCCUCGCACUAGAGGCGGGGCUGCUGCCGGCCCUGGAGCGGCUGCUCCGCGCCGCGUUUGUGGAGCGGCCGGCGGCAGCCACGGCGGCAGUCCUGGCGGGCGGUAAGGGCCGCACGCGCCAGGAGGCGCUGGAGGAGAACGCCCGGAUCGCGACGUGUGCAGUGGGCUGCUUGCUGCAGACCUCGGGGGUGUUUCCGGCACUGCUGGCGCACGCGCCUGUGGAGGAACUGGUGCCGCUUCUGGCGACGCUCGCCCGCGUGCAGCGUCAGCUGGUGGCGGUGGGCGACGCGUUGCUGCUGCAUUGGAAGCCGAGCUUCCAGACCAUUGUGCCAGGUGCGAGCGUCUCCUCCACCUUACCGGCCGCGGCAGUGUGGCUCCAGUCGCUGACGGCGCUUGCGCAGCAGGUCCGGGUCGUUUCGGAGUGGGCGGCAUUGGCGUCGCCGCAAACGCCGCGGCCCCCGGUCAUCAACAUGAGGCUGGAGGCCUUCCGCGUGGAUGUGCAGUGGCUGGCGGCGGCGGGCGGCGCGCCCCCACCUGGCUCGGCGGCGGCGGCGCAGCAGCGGCAGAUGCAGUCGCUGAUGUGUUUGUGGUGGGCGCCGGAGGCGGCUGAGUUGCAUUCGAAACUGUGCAGGCCGUGGGCUGACACCCUGCCUGAGCUGCUUGCACUCGUCGAGGAGACGCGCGAGGCCUUGCACAUGCAGUUGCACGUGUGCCGUGCCCGGGCGCGGGCCUACCUAGCGCACGACAUCGCUUGUGAGAAGCCGCUCGGGCCUGGCCGCGGCGCUGGUGCUGGCAGCGGCAACGGCAGCCAGGCGGGCGGGGCCGGGGGCGUUGCGGGAGCCGACUCUGAGACCGUGGCUGUGAAGGCACUUUGGAUGGAGACUAUCGUAGACGAGUGGCGCUCCCGUGUUGCGGGCACGCUGCUUGGCAUGCAACGUCAGUACGAGGCAGCCUCGAGGCUGCUUUGUGACAAGGCCAUGCUCGCAGCAGCAGAGGCGGAGGCGCGCGGGGAGGCGGCACAUGGAGUGGCAAGCAGCGCCGGUGCUGCCUGCUGCGCGGCGGGCGGCGGCAUGGCCGCCGGCGGUGAUGGUGGUGGUGGCGGCGGCCGUAGCGGCAGCGGCAGCGGCGACGAAGGCUUCCGGCAUCCGACGGCUCGCGAGCUGCUGGCGUCCACGGCGACUGCGCUGCUGGACAUGGUGGAGCAGGACAUCCUGUGCGCGGCGCUGCUGCGGCCGGAGCAGCCGGCAGCCGCGAAGAGCCCUGCAGCAGGCGCAGCAUCAGAUGGCGUCGCGUCGGCGGCGCCGCUGCCGUUCGUGCUGGUCUCUGCAGCUGUGCGGGCAGUGCUGUACGAGUUCGGAGGGCUGGGGCAGCGGCCGGUGGAAGCGCUUCUGCUGCCGCUGCCGCUGCCGCUGCCGCCACGGACUUCGGCCGGCGAUGAGGAGACAGAGGAGGAGCGCGUGUGGAUUUGCUCGUUCUUGGAGCCGGCGGAGGCCGGUUCACGGCAGGUGAUGGUGGAGCAGCUGCGAGAGGCGGAGGCGGCAGCGGGCCGGCUGCUGCCGUCCGCAAUUGAUCAGUACGCCGCGCGGGCUGUUGCGGAGGUGGAAGCGGCGGAUUUGCAACAGCGGCAACGGCACCGUGAAUCAGUUGGCGAUGAGUUGGGCGGGCUUGCCGCAAAGCUAGGACCGGAGAGGGUGGCGUGCGCCGUGCUGGCGGAGGCUGCGGAGCGGCGGCAGGUCGCCGUCGCUGCGGGAGCGCGGACGGCAGACGCCCCGGACGUGCGGGUGGGGGGCUUGCCAGUGCCGCGCAGCCUGGUGUGCUACAACCCGGGCUGCAGCAGCCUUGAGGGACCCAGCUCGCUCGUCGCGCCGGGUUGCGGCAAGACGUGUGUGCGCUGCAUGGCGGUCACGUACUGCUGCGGCGCGUGCCAGCUGGCCCACUGGGGCGACGCGGCCGGGGGCCACUCGCGGGUGUGCCCCAAGCUGGUGGCGCUGCUGGCACCGUGAUGGGGGGAGGCCCGGCGGUGUGUGGCUCGCAGUGAGCGUGUGUUUCGGAAGCACGGGGCCAUGCAUGGUUGGGAACGCUGAGCGUGUGGGGGUGGUCGGCAAGAGGAGGUGAGGUUGUGAAGAGCAGGAGCAGCAGGAGGAGCAGCAGGAGGAGGAGGAGGCGAUGCGGAGGAGGUGCGAUGAGGAGGUGCAAGAGCAGGAGGAGGAGCAGGCGAUGCGGGCCGACCGAGUGAGCGUGCCGUGGGGGGAGGGUUUAGGGUUUGGGUUUAGGGUUUUAGGGUUUAGGCAGGCGUAUUCAUCAGCAGGUUUCGCUGCGUUCGGCUACCAGAAUAGGGUACUACGUUAUGCGGUCCAUGUGACGCGGUUUCACAGCAGAGACGAAGGCGGCUCGGCCCCAUUGGGCGCCGCGGAAGGAUUGCCUGUGUGGCAGGGCCCAGGCGAAUGCUUGUCGAUGCGCACAACACGCACUUGCAGGUUUCGCAGGAUGAGCGUUGCUAGACCGCUGUUGGAACUGUGCGUGCUGCGCGUGUUCAUCCGGUGACACAAGCCUGCCGUGGUGGGAUACACUCGGUACAGUAACUUCGGCGUUCUGCUAACCGCGCGCUCAUGCCUGGAAGUCAAGGAUUGGCUGUUAGAAUAUGCU